UCCAAAAUGUGGCAAACAGAAGACCUCAUCCUCGUCGCCGUCUCGCUCUCUGUCUCUGUCCUGGCGUGCACGGUGGCGGGCGACGGCGGUGGCAGGCCGCUGGUGACGGCCGUCACAAGGGACGCGGCCACCUCCCUCUACACCAUCCCCGUCAAGUCCGGCAGCCCGCUGGUCGUCGACCUCUCCGGCCCCAUCGUCUGGUCCACCUGCGACGACGCCACCUCCCACGACACGCUCGAGUGCAACAGCAUCGACUGCAUGCGCGCGCACCGCUUCCACCCGCCCAACUGCCAGCAUACCGGCUACGGCAUGCCCGACCCCGGCAACCCCUACCGCUGCAAAUGCACCACGCACCCGCACAACCCCGUCUCCGGCGACACUGCGUCGGGGGACAUGACCCGCGUGGUGCUCUCCGCCAACGCCACCGACGGCAGGAACCCGUUGGGCCCGGUGUCGUUCACCGCCGUGACGUCCUGCGCGCCGGACUCCCUGUUAGCGGGGCUGCCGGCGGGGGCCGUCGGAGUCGCGGGGCUCGCGCGCUCGGGCCUCUCGUUCCCCGCUCAGGUCGCGCGCACGCAAGGCGUCGCUAACUCGUUCGCGCUUUGCCUCCCAAGCGGCCCAGGAAACGGCGUCGCCAUCUUCGGCGGUGGCCCGCUCAUCGCGGCGAAUGGGCGGCCACUGACGGAGAUGCUGGUCGGCGAGACCCCCCUUCGCAAGCACAAGGAAUCCCCCGGCUACUACAUCUCGGCGAGCAAGGGCAUCGCCGUGGACGGAGCGCAGGUGCCGGUGGGCCAGUACGCACCGCUCACCAUCGGCCUUUCCACGACGAUCCCCUACGCGGAGCUGCGCCGGGACGUGUAUCGUCCGCUCAUCAACGCGUUCGACCAGGCGAUAGAACGCCAGGGUGGGAGGGUCCCCUCCCCGGCUGCGGCGCCGUUCGAGCUGUGCUACAACUCGUCCAGGCUUUCGCCGACGCGGUUCGGCUACUUCGUGCCAACGGUCGAUCUGAUGCUGGAAGGGGGCAGGAACUGGACGGUGUUCGGCAUCAACUCCAUGGCACAGGUGAACCGCGCCACAGCGUGCUUCGCUUUCGUCGAGAUGAAGACGGGGGACAAGUCCGAGUAUGGCGGCCUUGCGCGGCCGGCGGUGGUACUCGGAGGGUUCCAGAUGCAGCAGAACCUGCUGGUGUUCGACGAGGAGAAGCAGACUCUCGGAUUCACCUCGCAGCUCACCGGAAGGGGGCUCUCGUGCGGCCAAUUCAAUUUUACGAUGUCCGCCUAACCUGGUGUUGCAAGUUCAAAUGCUGUGGUCGUGUUGCCUCGA